GGCAUGUGAAUAGCUUUCGUAAUGUAAUCAUGAGAUUUUUCAUGCCACGGAUUAGUUUGAUACAUUCUUCUUCAAUCUUCAAUCUUCAAUCUUCAACCAUCAUUGUCAUUGCCAUUUCUAUUUUUCACCCAGUUUUAUUUCCAAACCAAACUUUGAGAGUAGAUGGUAAUUGAGGUCUGGUUCGCAAGGCAGUGAUGAAUUAAUGGGACUUGGACUGAGAUUCAAAGGGAGGGAUAAUAUUAAUGGAGGAAGGGUUAGAUUUGAAUUUGGGUCUGCAGACUGCGAUACGGGAAGACUCGGGAUCCAGGAUACAGCUGCAGACGCAAAUGCAGCAGAUACCAUCGACUAUGCAGCAAUCGCAAUCGCACACCCAACAAUCGCAUGCGCAGAAGUUGAGGGAGGAAGUUGCACGAAGAGGGGAGACGAGGGAUACAUUAACGGGAGAGAAGGCCCCGAGAUUGGAAAGAAGUCCACAUCCAUAUCAUAAACGACAUGAGGAGAUUCCGUUUGGGAGCGAAAGAAGUGAGAGGAAUCCGGUUAUUAGGAAUUCGAAAGGAGAAGAAUGGACUUCCCGAGUGCCUGCCAGGAAACCUUCUUCCUUAAAUCCCUCUUUCAAUCUGAGGCCUUCUAACUCCCAAACGAGAACAUCUUCUUCGGGAGCUCCUGCGUCGCCGUCACCUCUACGUUCGGCACAAAAUACAGACGAUGAAUUAUAUAAUGGCGUUAGGGUAACGAUUGAUGGAUCAUCAAAUGGGUAUAUCGAAUCUACGAACAGCGAUAGCGGGACUGAGGCAGAUGAUGAACAUUUCCUCAAAGGCCUGCCUGCUCCGAGGACGAAACCACACAAAGGAUUGAGGGGUGUAGAUGGUAGUAUGUCAAGUACGCCCAGUCCAUUGUUGAGUCCGGCUAUUUUGGAUGAUGAGAUACGAUGGAAGGAAAGUGGGAGGAUUAGGUCUACAAUGCCGACUUCGAAGAUAGUUACGAAGGAGGAACAGAGAAAAUUAAUUGAGAAGUUUAAACAGAGGAGGAGGAUUGAAAUUGUCAGGAGAACAACUGAGGCGUGUUUAUUAUGUUUUGUGGGAGGUAUAAUAUAUCAGAGUCAAGGAGUUAAGGAAAUACUCUAUCUGUGGAAGAAUGAACUUGGAUGUCAAAUUCUUAUUAUAAGUGGUUUGAUAGCUUUAUAUCCACUUCGACUAUUACGACAUCUGAGCUCACGAACACCAUGGAAAUCUCCAUUCCCUCUUACUAUACCUGCAACAUUCGAUCCUGCUCCUUUAUUAUAUCCUCCUACGAUAACAAUGCUUGUUUCGAUUUUACUUUCAGUCAGUGAUCCUAGUGGUCUUUUACCAAGUAUGAUACUCGCGAUAUCAACAUUACCGAAAAAAUUAAUCCCUGCUAUUGGAGGUCUUGAAGGAAGAGAUAUGUUACAUUGGGUAUUGGCAUGUAUGCCAUUAUUCACGACGACAUUAACCAGAGCUCCAUUCUUGAGUAAAGAAUCAUUGCCUCUGAAUCCAGAAGUAUUGGUUUUAAUACCACCACUUCAUCAAGCUUUAUGUAAAACACUUUAUUACCUCACAACUACUAGUCUCCUGGCAGCUGAACUACAAUUACUAUCAACCGCGCUUAUAAGCUUAUUACUCAGAGCAUCAUCUCCGCAAGCAGUUAUUCUAAAAGCACUUCUUUGGGGUGGUGGUAUAGGAAUUCUAGUUACUUGUACACAUGUUCUUAGAUGGGGUGUUACAUUAGCUCGAGUCCCUACAUGGAAAUUUAGAAGACCGGAUCCUAAAAACUCGGGGUUCAGAUUCAGCAAGAGAUCUUUAUCGUUUGGUACAAAUACGUUAAGUGUAUUUGCCAAAGAUAGAUUCAUCAGUGAUACGAGUGAUGACGAACUUCAUAGCCGUUAUUCACAAGAAAGGGGUGGGAAACUACAUUCUUCCGAAUUUUCUCCUUUAGAUGGAGAGUAUUCGGGUAUCUCGAGGAGAAAUACUUUACCGGGAUCUAGUCCCUCCAAAUUAAAAACUAGAACACCUUCUGGUCGGAAGAAAAGAUCGGCAUCUAUCAGUCUUCAAUCAUUUUCCAAAUUAACUUAUAGACAGGCUACAUUUCGGAAAUGGGGAUAUGCUAUUUAUGUAUAUAUCUGUAUUCUCGUUAUUAUCCUACUUGGUAUCAGAGAAUACGUAGGGAAAGAAGCAUUGCAAGGUUAUGAACCCGUGGGUUGGGCUCUUGGGUAUAUGUUUGGAGAUUUGCCACGAUUUAGACUCGAGGUCGUGAAGGCGAAUUUGCAGAGAUGGAUUCCGUUACCUUCUCGCUCCCAUUCUUCCGAUGAUCUAGAGUUACACGAACGAACAAAGAUUUGUUUAGAAAGAGGAUGGGUAGAACGCAUUCGUACUCAAGAUUUCGGCGCGGCAAAUACGCGGUUGAUACUCUUGGGCUACUGGCUCCUGAUUAUCAUUGCGGGUCUAGCGAUUGUUUUCCGUCUUUCGAAAAUAUAUGAAGUGGAUACGAGAAGAAAAGUUUUUCAUUUCAUGAUGGUUUUUAUUCUCUUGCCAUCGACAUUUGUGGAUCCGAAUUAUUGUGCGUUGGCUAUGGCAUUGGUGUUGGGUGUGUUUUUACUACUGGAUUUACUGAGAGCGAGUCAGUUACCGCCGAUUAGUAGGGCGUUGGCGAAAUUCUUAAUGCCGUAUGUCGAUGGAAGGGAUUUGAAGGGACCGGUGGUUGUCAGUCAUAUUUUUCUUGGGGUGGGAUGUGCGGUGCCUUUGUGGUUGAGUUUGGGGAGCUUGCCGUCUUAUUCUUCUUCUUCAAUGGAAUUGCUUGAUUCUGUCUCGGGAUCUGAAAUCGCUUCUUCGAAGUUUUUGUCGUCUUCGUCUUUUGAAGGAGGAGCAGAAGGAGAAGCGAUGGAUCCGUGGAAAGGAUGGGAAAUUCCACAGAGACAGAGAGAAAUUGCUAUGGUUGCAGGAGUUAUAUGUGUGGGAUUAGGUGACGCAGCGGCGAGUUUGGUAGGAAGAAGGUGCGGGAAGAGAAAAUGGUAUUGGGGAGGGGGAAAGAGUUUAGAGGGGAGUAUGGCGUUUAUGAUUGUGGUUGCUGUGGCGUUGGUGGGGGCGAAGGGGUGGGUUAGGGGAGGUGGGUGGGAGAGAGAGGGGAGCGAUGCAUGGAGUGUUACGGUGGGGAAAAGUAUUGUUGCGGCGGGGGUGGCGAGUCUAACGGAGGCGGUUCUGACUGGGGGGAAUGAUAAUGUGGUUGUGCCGGUGGUGCUUUGGUGUUGUGUUAAGGGGUUGGGGAUUUAGGAUGAAGUGGGGAUGCUUGGAGAGAUUAACAAGUAUUCGGUUUGAAGAGAUGAGAGGAAGAAUGAGGAUAGAAAAAAAUGUUUCUUAGGGUCUGGGAUUUGGGAUUUGGGAUUUGGAAUGGUAAUUUGGGAAUAGGGAUUUUAAGGUUUGGGGAUAGAAGAGUAUGCGUGAGAGAGAUAGGUGGAUAGAUGAAUGCAUAAAGAAUGGAGGAUAUCAGGGGGGGGGGGAAUCGGGUUGAAAGCGUAUAGGGUAGAGCGGUAGAAGAGUAGGAGAAUAUUAAUAUGAAGUAUAUGUAUGGUAUAGGUAUGUUAGGUGAUAUGAGAUGAGAUGAUAUAAUAUCAAUGAAUUGAUCGGGUGAUAUUAGAUGUACAGAUGAGGAAGCAGAGUGAAAGGGAAGAGAAGGGAAGGGAAGAAAAUCA